GCAUGUGAAGUGUGGACUCCUUCCGCUUCCGGCCGCGCGAGCUCCAGUGUGGCAACAUGAAACUGCUCACCCACAAUCUCCUGAGCUCGCAUGUGCGGGGCGUGGGCACGCGUGGCUUUCCGCUGAGGCUGCAGGCCACCGAGGUCCGCAUCAACCCCGUGGAGUUCAACCCCGAUUUCGUGGCGCGGAUGAUCCCUAAAGUGGAGUGGGCGGCGCUUGUGCAGGCGGCGGACACCUUAAACCUGGAAGAGGUACCCAAAGAGCCGACUGAAGGCUAUGAGCACGACGAGACGUUUUUGAGGAAGAUGCACCACGUGUUGCUUGAGGUUGAUGUGCUCGAAGGCACCCUGCAGUGCCCAGAAUCUGGCCGUCUUUUCCCCAUCAGCCGCGGGAUCCCCAACAUGCUGCUGAAUGACGAGGAGACUGAACCGUAAACUAGCUAGCCAUCACUUUGACGUUUUGUGGUGUGUAUCAUUUGUACAGUCCGUUAACUCUGUAUGUCAUGUAUGACCCCAUCUCCCCCAGUGACUCACCGACCACCAUGUACUUGAGCUCCAUAGUAUAUUUUUUUUUUCUCAUUAAAGGUUCAAAACCAAAA